AAGAUAUAUUGUUUAAUAUAAGAGGCGGCCGUCAUCGUGCACACUGUGCCAUAGUUGACCCAGGUGUAUAUAGAUAUAUAUAUUUAUAUAUCUAUAUAUAUCGUGGUGAGUGGUGAGGUCUGUGAGUGAGGGACAGUCCCUGCUCAAUGGGUCUUGUUUACUACCUGUCUACGACCCGUCAGGCCGUCACUUCCCGUCUCUCAGCGGGAUUGACAGCUAUUUUCUCCUCGUCUCAACUGGUGAGGGUGAAGCAGCACCUCGAGGCACCUCCCCGGAGGUCUUGUGGAGGAGCAAGGUGCGUCAGCAGCGGCGUGAGUGCCAACAUGAGCAAAUUCGAGGAGGACAAGAGGCGGUGUCUGGGGCUGUCUCUGGAGGAGAGGCGCAAGAGGUACAAGUGCGGCUCCAAGUUUGCCACCCUCCAGACCAUCGCACCAUGGCCAGAUUAUUACAAGAUGAACAGACUUGCCGUCGACAAGAUGAGGUUGAGCGACUCUAGCGUGGCCAAGAUACUUCAGGGGAGCUGUUACAAGGUGGACGCCGACCUUAAUCGGAAGGUGAGCGUCUUCGUAGGGGACAUCACCACCUUAGAGGUGGAUGCUAUCGUCAACGCCGCCAACAACACUCUGCGAGGGGGCGGUGGGGUUGACGGGGCCAUACAUAGGGCAGCUGGGUAUUCCCUGUUAAAUGAGUGCCAGAGCCUUAAUGGCUGCGACACGGGCGAUGCCAAGAUCACCGGAGGCUACUCCCUGCCUGCCCGAUAUGUCAUUCACACCGUGGGGCCCAUGGGAGAGCUGCCCUCUGUGCUCGAGUCCUGCUACAGGCGGGCACUGCAGCUGGCGAUUGAGAACAAUGUAAGGACUGUGGCCUUUCCCUGCAUAUCGACGGGGGUGUAUGGGUAUCCCAACGAGUCGGCCGUCAGGGUCGUCCUGCCCAUCGUCAGGACGAUGCUGGAGUCGCACAAGGAUAAAUUCGAUCGCAUAAUUUUCUGCCUCUUUCUAUCUGUAGACAUUGACUUCUACCAUCGCUACCUGCCCGUGUUUUUUCCAUUGCCAUAAAUGGCUGCCAAGCCGAUGAUGUACUGAUAAAUUUUUUAGUAGUGAAUAACUUCAAGUUGAUAACUUCAAAUUUGGCUUGUCUGAUGUGUCACAUGUCCUUAUUGGUUGAUGCUUGUACUAAAGCUCAGAUCUGGUACCGAGACCACAAUUACAGGUGUGUGUAAUUGUGAUUACCUUUGGCCUCUUAAUGUUUAUAUUUGAUAAUGCAGUUUAUGAAAGAAAUUGUUUGGUGUAUUAAUGCUGCAGUUACCCACUUGCAAGCUGUUGCAAGCUGUUUAAUUACAUGCUUGGUAAUGGAAUUUAAAUAAUGUUUUGUCUGGAAUUUUUACUAAUGACCAGAAUUACAAACAUUUGUUGUAGAUAUAGCUGAAACAAUUUUUUAUGCUGUAGGAACUGAGAGCGUAAGAUUCUUUACGCUAUUGGCCAAGUGAACUAUAGGGACUUUAAAAUAAAAUGAAGUGCAGCAGUCGAGUGAUAUGAGAGUGAUGCAAUGACGAUGAAGCUUUAUGUGAAGAAUAAUGUGCCAUGAUAAUCAGAUAAUAUACAUAAACUUGAUAAAGUGUAGCCAGGUAACAGAGGCAACGUACACCUUCUAAUCUGGCCGAUUUCCUUUUAAUGGCUCUUAUUUAUAUGUUUGUAUUUUUACUCUAUAUUUGGUCUUUGCCCCUUGCUGAUUUGAUGGGUAAAAAAAAAAAAGUGAAAACAUAAAAUAUUUGUUUUAAAUAAUGGAUGACUUAGUCUAAUCAUUAACGCAGCAGUGAUGAUAAUAUCUAGUGCAUACACAAGGAGGGAGUUGAUUAUCACAAGAUGUUACACUAUACAGUACUAUUAUUAUGAGCGUCACUGUGUAGUCACUUCAUUAUUUAUCAAUUUCCAAAACUUGCUUUCAAUAGUCAGUGUAAUGUACAUUUAUUAAUAAUUAUGCUUGUGCAAGAUACAGUACAUCAUAGUCAAAAUAAACAUCAAAUAGUUUAUACUACCUUGUUAACCUGUCAAACAUAACCUCCCAAACUUAAAAUUUGUAUAGGAUUAUUUAGACUAUCUGAUUUGUAUAAAACGUAAUAAUUAUGAAAUGUGUAACGAGUUGGUGUUCACUAGCUUAAAAUGCCUACCAAUGUGACUUUAAACCCUUUGUGUGGGGAGAGUUUGGAGGGAACUUGUAUAAGUGCAUAUAUGAACUCUGCACAUUGAAAUUGUAUUUAGCACUUAAUCUGUGUUUAAUAAUAAUAAUGAAGAUCGUUUGUAAUUUUUGUCAACUACUGUAGCUAUAAACUAUUAGAAAAGUUGUAGGUUUUCCACAUAAUUAUUAAAAUUCAUUCUCCAAUA